GCGGAGCGGAGCGGAGCGGAGCGGCAGUGGCGCAGCAGCGGCGCAGCGAUGCCGGAACGCGACUAUGAACCCUUCUCCAACCCCCUGGCCCCCGAUGGCCACGACGUGGACGACUCCCACUCGUUCCACCAGUCCAAGCUGACCAAUGAAGACUUCCGGAAGCUUCUCAUGACCCCACGGGCGGCUCCCACCUCUGCACCACCCUCCAAGUCUCGCCACCAUGAGAUGCCCAGGGAGUACAAUGAAGAUGAGGACCCAGCAGCUCGCAGGAGGAAGAAGAAAAGCUACUACGCCAAGCUGCGGCAGCAGGAGAUCGAGCGGGAGCGGGAGCUGGCCGAGAAGUACCGGGACAGAGCCAAGGAGAGGAGGGAUGGAGUCAACAAGGACUACGAGGAGACUGAGCUGAUCAGCACCACGGCCAACUACCGAGCCGUGGGCCCCACGGCCGAGGCGGACAAAUCGGCGGCAGAGAAGAGGAGGCAACUGAUCCAGGAGUCCAAGUUCUUGGGUGGUGACAUGGAGCACACUCACUUGGUGAAGGGGUUGGACUUUGCCCUGCUGCAGAAGGUACGGGCUGAGAUUGCCAGCAAGGAGAAGGAGGAGGAGGAGAUGAUGGAGAAGCCCCAGAAGGAAACCAAGAAGGAUGAAGACCCUGAGAACAAAAUCGAGUUCAAGACUCGGCUGGGGCGCAAUAUCUACCGCAUCCUGUUCAAGAGCAAGGCGUACGAGCGCAACGAGCUGUUCCUGCCGGGCAGGAUGGCCUACGUGGUGGACCUGGACGACGAAUACGCCGACACCGACAUCCCCACCACGCUGAUCCGCAGCAAGGCUGACUGCCCCACCAUGGAGGCUCAGACCACGCUGACCACCAACGACAUUGUCAUCAGCAAGCUGACCCAGAUCCUCUCCUACCUCCGGCAAGGGACCCGCAACAAGAAGCUCAAGAAGAAGGACAAAGGGAAGCUGGAUGAGAAGAAGCCUCCUGAAGCUGAUAUGAACAUCUUUGAGGACAUCGGGGACUAUGUGCCCCCUGCCGGCAAGGCGCCGCGGGAGCGGUACCGCGAGGAGGAGAAGAAGAGGCACAGCUACUUCGAGAAGCCCAAGGCUGACGAUGAGCCCACAGACACUGACAAAGGGCCUGGCUCGGCCAAGGAGCUGAUCAAGUCCAUCAAUGAGAAGUUCGCAGGAGCUGCAGGCUGGGAAGGACCAGAGGCCCUGAAGAAGCCUGAAGACAAGAAGCAGCUGGGGGACUUCUUCGGCAUGUCCAACAGCUACGCCGAGUGCUACCCUGCCACGAUGGAUGACAUGGCCGUGGACAGCGACGAGGAGGUGGACUACAGCAAGAUGGACCAGGGUAACAAGAAAGGGCCCCUGGGGCGUUGGGACUUCGACACGCAGGAGGAGUACAGCGAGUACAUGAACAACAAAGAGGCUCUGCCCAAGGCAGCCUUCCAGUACGGGAUCAAGAUGUCAGAGGGGCGCAAGACUCGGCGCUUCAAGGAGACCAACGACAAGGCCGAGCUGGACCGGCAGUGGAAGAAGAUCAGCGCAAUCAUCGAGAAGAGGAAGAAGCUGGAGGCUGAUGGGGUGGAGGUGAAGCGUCCCAAGUACUGAUGCCAGCAGCACCUUCUGCAGCUCCUGGGCCCUCUGCUUGCUGGGUGCUGCCCUGGAGCUUGCUGCUUUGCUCUCUGCUCUGGGCAGGGCCAGCCCCGUGCCCUGCCAGCCUCGUGCUGUGGGGCUGUGCUGAGCCCCCCCCUGCUGUGUAAAUGUUUUAGAUGUAAUAAAAGUGAAGAAACUCUG